AUGGGAUUUGUCAAAUCAUUUUAUUUUCAUAUUGAUCCUAGUGCAUUUAGUCCUUAUUAAAAGAAAAGAUGUAUGAUUUAAAUUUUAUAUUUCUUGAUGAAAUAGAAGAAAGUGAAGAAUAUUGAAUUUCAUUAUAUUGAUUUAUAUCAUGAAGUAACAUUAUAAUAUUUAGCUAAUUGUUUUUAAUUGAUUAAAGUAGAAUCAAUCAAUCUUUUAUAUUUUAAUGAUAAUAACUUAGCAUAAAUAAAUCGUAUUUUUCAGGGUAUAAACAAUUUGAAAAUUGAAAAAUAAACUUCCUCAAAUCUUAAUACUAAAUGGGAAGCUGACAAAAUUGAUCCGAAUGCAUCAGAUGAGAAAAUAAAUGAGAUCUAAUUUAUUGAAAAUCCUAAAAUAAAUACUGGAUGGUAAGCAGUACAAAAGAAUUAAUUUAUUAAAGACGAUUACAUUUAACUUUCUGCAGAGUAUUAAGCACUGAUUCCAAACGAUCUAAGAAGAUCAUUAAACCUCAAUAGAGGAAUUAGUGGUCUGAUUGUUAAUUAAUUAUCAAGAAUUGAGGAUAAUUAACAAAAUUUAUUAGUAUAAAUAGAAACAAAUGAAUAAAUAAUUAUUGAUGCAAAAAAUUAAAUUGACAGUAUAACGAAAAGAGAUCUAUACGCAUAAUCAGUUGGAAAUAUUUAAUUUUUGUUAAAAUUGUACGAUUAUUAUGAAGUUUGGAGCAAAUUGAAUUAAUAUUAAGCAACUAUUCAAACUUUUUGGUCGGUGCUGAAUGGGUCCUUAUAAAUUGUUUCUUUAAUUUAUUUGAAUAAUGAACCUAAUAUGUUUAUAUCUGCAUUAAUAGCCUUAACCGCAAUCAAUCCAAUAUUAUAGAUGUUAUCAUUUGCAGUAUUUUAAUAGCGUGUUUUUAAAAAUUUUUCACCUUUAAGAUAACUGUCUUAUAUUCUUUUAUUUGCAAUAUUUAACUUUUUAAAGAUUUGGGAUAUCGUUAUGAUUUGUUUAUUUUUAGCAGUAAGGCAAUUCGCUGAAGAUGUAAAGAGAGAGUUUAGUGGUUAAGGAUAUUUAAAGUUCAAGAGUUAUGCCUCAAAAUUUUCAGGUAGUAUAGCUACUUCAGUAUUUUAGAAUGAAAGAGUUUAAGCUGAUCCUAAUGAUAUUAAAUAAAUAUAAAAUUAGCCAUUUUAUGAGGCUGUAAUGUGGAGAACAAAUGUUGAAGAAGCUUUGAAUAAAAUUCCUUAGUUCUUUGUAUAUAUUUUAUCUUUAGCAUCUACUCAAUUAGAUGGUAUUUGGGUAUUUUCUUUUGGUCAACAAAUAAAAGAAGGUAUAUUUGCAGUAAAAGAUUUAUUAGAAGUUGUUAUUAAAGACUAUUUUAUUCCAGCUUUAAUUUUAAGUACAGUUUCAGUGGAUUAAUUUUUUUAAUCUAUGUUGUAUUUGAGCUCAAUAUCAAAUUAAAUAUUAUUGGAAUAUCCUAAAUCUUUUUAAAUUGUGUCAAAAGUAAAAUAACAAUACUUAAAAGAAAAAUUUACUUUUAAAAUUAAUGUGAAAACUUUAAAUUUUACUAAUUAUGGAGAUUUAAAAAAAUAGAAGUUAUUAGCAUAAUUUAGGUAUGUUCUAGCUUCAAUAAAUACUAUUUUAGAAAUUGAUUAAGCAUAAAGAUUGUUUUGUAUGGGAGCUGAACUAAAUGAUUUAAUAAGAUGUUUAAAAGUGAGUCCAUUGUAUUAAAUAAAGUUGAAUUAUUAUUUGGAUGAAGUAAAACCUGAACAUAUUCCUCACAUUAAUGNUAAUCAUAUUAAAUCUCAUCAAAAUUAGUUAUUCUAAUGA